UCCACCGUUUCAUUUUUGUUGCUAACUCGCCGAUGCUGUUUUGACGAACAUGUAAUUUUAUAGCCAGCAUUCGAGACAUUGGUUAAAUAAUUACAAUACAGCUCCAAAUAUAUAUGUGUCGUUCUUUUUUGUCAUUGUUUGAUUAAAGUGCUUUUAAGCCGUGAAAUCUUAAAUACUCACACUGUUAAAUUGAUGUUAACGGUUUCAUUAUCAUUUAUAGACAUAAUAUUAUCCGGAUUAAAAAUGCUGAGGUUUCAACCCCAUUUGGUGCGGGCUCACAUCAAAAAAUCAAGUUUCAAGUCGUUAUCUGAGAUGUCUAGAGCCAAAUUAUCAUCUAUGAAUCAAGUUAAUAUGCCAAGUAUAAUAAAUAAACGGGAAUACAUAUAUGCAGAAGGAAAAGUAUAUUAUGGCUUCCGAUGCGAACGUGUGGAGCACAUUUCUGAAUUUCAGCUUACGUCCUAUACGUUUCGCCAUGAGUGCACUGGUACGGAAUUAUGGCAUAUCGAGCGAAAUGAUGCUACCAACGCAUUUUCCAUAAAUUUUCGAACAACACCUUUUGAUUCCACUGGCCUUCCACAUAUAUUAGAGCACUUAUCGUUAUGCGGUUCUAAAAAAUAUCCUGUCCGGGAUCCGUUCUUUAAAAUGCUUAAUCGCUCGGUAGCGACGUUUAUGAAUGCAAUGACUGGACCAGAUUAUACUAUUUACCCAUUUUCGACCAUGAAUGAGGUGGACUUUAGGAACUUGCAGCGGAUUUACUUGGAUGCCGUGUUUAGACCGAAUCUGGCGUAUUUGGAUUUUCUCCAAGAGGGCUGGAGACUUGAGUAUAAAGAUAUACACGAUCAAAAUUCCCAGCUUGUGAUUAAAGGAGUGGUUUACAACGAAAUGAAGGGAGCAUUUUCUGAAAAUGCACACGUUUUUAGUCAGAGUCUACUUAAUAAUGUUAUUCCUGACCACACCUAUGGUUAUGUGUCUGGAGGGAAUCCGUUAGAUAUACCUAAUUUAACUCAUUCUAAUUUAGUUGAUUUUCACAAAAAAUACUAUCAUCCAAGUAACUGUCGUAUAUACUCCUACGGUUUAUUUGAUCCAAACAAAACAUUAGCACUUCUUGAUAAAGAGUAUUUAUCAAAGCAUACUUCGAUUGACAACUCUUACAGUCGAAUACCUCAUCAAAAGCGAUGGAUAAAACCGCGAAAUGUUCAUAUUUCGAGUAGACUAGACAGUAUGGGUGCGACAAUUGAUAGGCAGAAUCAAAUUGCCAUAGCGCUGCUAAUGUGUGAUUCGACCAACAUUCAAGAGAGUUUUGAGUUAAAUGUGUUGUCUGAGGUACUAACUCGUGGACCCAACUCGUUAUUUUUCAAGAACCUAAUAGAACCAAACUUUUCCGGCGGUUACAACCAAUGUACGGGAUAUUCAUCAAACUCUAAGGACACUUUUUUCGUUGUGGGAUUACAAGAUCUUCUAGUUAAAGACUUUACGAAAUUCAUCGAACUUUUUGAUAAAACCAUUUUCAACGCUUUAGGUUAUGGAUUUGAAGCACAGCAUGUUGAAAGCGUUUUGCACAAUUUUGAGUUGUCACUUAAGCACCAAAAUCCCAACUUUGGAAUAACGUUGUUACUUAAUUCUACAGCUUUGUGGAACCAUGAAGGCGACGUUGUUAACAACCUUCGUGUAUCAGACAUGAUAUCACGGCUGCGAGCAAGCCUAAGUCAGGACAAUAACCAUUUCCAACAAAAAAUGGAACAAUACUUUGCCAACAACAAUCAUAGACUAACUUUGACCAUGUCGGCUGAUGAGUUAUAUGAAGAGAACUUUACAAAAGCUGAAUUGGAGUUAGUAAGACAAAAAAUAAAAAACCUUGGUACAGAAGAAGUAAACCAAAUAUAUAAGAACGGAUUAUUACUAGAUGCAUUUCAAAAGGCAAAAUCAAAUACUGAAUUAUUACCGUGUCUGUCAAUGACUGAUGUCAGCGAGCCACCAAAAAUACCUAAAGUUUUUAAUCGAAAUAUCCAAAAUGUACAGACCCAAGUAUGCGAAGUCUCGACAAAUAAUAUUACAUAUUUUAAGUGCUUGUUCAAUAUAACGGAUUUGAACAUUGAAGAAACACAGCUUGUGCCCCUGUUUUGCAAUGUUAUUAGUGCCCUAGGCACCGCGACGUAUAAGCAUCAAGAGUUCGACAAGCAAGUUUUUUUAAAAACCGGGGGCAUCGAUUUUACUGUAAACUUUAUUGAAGAUGUAAAUUAUGCAAAGAGUUACAGUGUCAGUAUAAUGAUGGCCACGCACGCACUAGAAAAAAAUGUUUUAGACAUGUUUGAUUUGUGCCAAGAGUUGCUCCAAAAUUUUAGGUUUAACGACUUGGGUCGUCUUAAAAUGCUUAUUGAAAAUUAUAUAUCAAAUAUAUCUGUAGGAGUGUCAAGCUCUGGACAUUUGUAUGCUAUGUUAGGAGCGACUUCAUUAGUUAGUGAUGUUGGUAAACUUAAGUGCCUUUUAUUCGGAGUAGAUCAUAUAAAUUUCAUAAAAAAUUUCGCACAAGUAACUGAAGUGCUUGAAAUGCGUGAUAAGUUAGCAUCGAUUGGAAGGAAGGUAUUUAACAAGAGUAAUAUGCGUGUGGCAAUUAACAGCGCACCUUCUCAUUUGUCAUCGGCUAUUACACAUUACAAAGAUUUUUUAAAAAAAUUGCCAGACUUUGAAAUAAACAGAAUUUCUAGUGAUAUCCAUUAUUUCGACCCAAGCUGUCAACAAUACUUAAUGAACAUACCAGUUAAUUAUUGCGCCAAGACAUUUUUCGCAGUUCCAUAUCUUCACCAAGACCAUCCCAUACUGCAAAUUUUGGCAAAAGUAUUAUCAGCCAAAUAUCUACUGCCUGUGGUUCGGGAGCAGAAUGGCGCCUAUGGAGCUGGUGCAAAAAUGAGUUUUGACGGUUAUUUUAGCUUAUAUAGUUAUCGAGACCCACAUUCGAUCAAAACCUUUAAAGUGUUCGACAAAACAUAUGAAUGGCUACGAUCGGAAAAGAAUUUGAUUGAUCAACAAUCUCUUUUUGAGGCAAAGCUUGGUGUGCUGCAGCAGUUAGACUCGCCCAUAGCACCAGGAAAUAUUGGCAUUGAUUACUUUCUAUAUAAAAUGUCGCAGGAAUCUUUGAAGAAGUAUAGGUCUCGAAUGCUAGCGGUAACUAUUAAUGACUUGCAGGAUACUAUAGAGAAAUACUUUAGAAAUCCUCCAAAUUAUUAUGGGAAAUGCCUUUUGGGUCCAGCCGAUAAACAUUUAGAAUUGAAAUCCGGUCAAAAAUGGAAAAUAGUUAAAUAGAUCGUUAGACUUCUUAAUACAAAUAUUAUUAAACUUUAUUGGAAUCAAUAAAAAAAAUGGUCUCUCCAAAAAAUACUCAAA